UGGAUUGGUGAGUAUGGCGUGGCGCGGCCUCCAUGUCUUCAUCAUCACCGAUAUCAUCGAAAACGUCUUCCUCCGGCAGCCCCGGCCGGAGCUCCGUUCAACUGGUCUCCAAAACGAUGUCGGACAGGCUUCUCGGAAAAUACUUUGAUGCUUCGGGAUUCGACUUCGACUACGAAGAAAGCAGCUUGUGGUCUCCCUUCGUUCCCAGAACAGCUUAUUUAGCCUCACCGCCGGAUUCCUUCCGCUCCGGCGCCGACAAGUUUUUGAAGAAGCUGAAACUUGCGAGCAAGCCGAAUUGGUUUACUACUCUCAUUGCCUGCGGUAAGGCAUUGCGUUGAUGAUGAUGUAAUAAACAAUUCCGUGCAUGGUUUGGAAGUGUGUAUCCUAUGAGUAUGAGGGAUGCCUUGUUUAUAUUUAAAUCUAGUACGUACUUUGAUGUUGUAGGAGUGGGAGCAAUAUUAGUUUUAAAUUAAAGCACUUUGGAAUACGAGGUUUGUACGAUACGUAUGUAUGGAUGUGCAUGAAUACGCAAAACAGUUUUCCAGAAUAAAUAUUCUCAUCAGCACGAUAAAAUGGUAGCAACAAAAAGUAUGAUGAGAAUAAAGAUAGUGAUAAUGUACAAUUAACUUCAAAUUUACAGUGAGCCUCCGCUCAGUCUCAGUCUCGGUCUCAGUGAAAACCAUCCGAAUGCUAAUAUCUGUGCCGCAGCAGCACAAGUAUUUCUACUUGAAACAAAUGAAAAUGAAGAACAUCUCUCCGUUCAGACUCUCCUCACUCCUCCGCCUGCAAAACGACCCGACCAAAGCCCUUCACCUCUUCCUUAACCCCAACCCCAAAGACCCAAACCCCAAUGCCAAGCCUUUUCGUUACUCUCUCCUUUCCUACGAUCUCAUUAUCUCCAAGCUCGGUAAAGCCAAAAUGUUUCCCGAAAUGGAGAUGGUUGUGGAGAAAUUGAAGAAUGACACACGCAUUGUCCCCGAAGAAAUCAUUUUCUGUAACAUUAUUACCUACUAUGGCCGAGCGCGCUUGCCGCAUAAAGCCCUCCAGGUGUUCGACGAAAUCCCGUCUUGUCGAUGCCAGAGGACGAUAAAAUCGGUUAAUACUCUCUUGAAUAGCCUUCUGAUGUGUCGGGAGUUUGAUAAGAUAAAGGAAGUGUUUUCAGGGAUUGGCAAGUAUGCGAGCCCUGAUGCUUGUACGUAUAACAUACUGAUAAAUGCAUGGUGCAUGAGGUCUGAUUUGGAGAGAGCGUGGAAAGUGUUUGAUGAAAUGCGGAGGCGAGGGGUUGAACCUAAUGUGGUGACAUUUGGGACUUUGAUUAAGGGGCUUUGUGCAAUUUCUAAGUUGGAUGUGGCUUUCAGUUUGAAGAGAAGGAUGGAAAGGGAUUUUAAGAUCAGACCUAACGCGCAUAUCUAUGUGGCAUUGGUAAAAAGGCUGUGUAAGGUUGGUGACUUAAAUAAAGCCAUUAAGUUAAAGGACGAGAUGUUAAGAAACAAAGUGGAACUGGAGCCUGCAGUUUAUUCUACCUUGAUCAGUGCGUUUUUUAAGGCUGGUCGAAAGGGAGAGGUUUAUGAAUUGCUAGAGGAAAUGAGAAGGAAUGGGUGUAACCCUGAUACUGUAACAUACAAUGCAAUGAUAUAUGGGUUUUGUCAGGAGAAGGAAUUUGAUUUAGCUUUUGCUUCUUUGAGUGAGAUGGAGAAAGAGGGGUGCAAGCCAGAUGUGAUUACUUAUAAUGUGAUUAUUGCUGGGCUGUGUAGGGAGAAGAAAGUGAGAGAAGCAAAUAAACUGUUGGAAGAUAUGCCAAGACAGCAAUGUGCCCCAGAUGUGGUAACUUACAAGACACUGUUUGAUGGGCUUUGUGAUGUACAACAGUUCAAGGAAGCAGCUUGCAUUUUGGAUGAGAUGAUUUUUAUGGGAUAUGUUCCUCAUUCUUCUGGUGCAUGCAAAUAUCUAGAUGUAUUGGUCCAAGGGAAGGAUAAAGAAUUGUGGACAUGUUUGUUUAAUUUGGCAAAGAAAAAUUCAAUUGAUAGAUAUAUAUGGAGACUCAUAACUUCUUUGGUCUGCAAGGACAAACAUUCAAAUGCCAGUGAGCUGUUUAAUAGGCUAAUAAAAAGUCAUGCUCUAUCAGUCCGCUAGAGAUACUUUGUAUAGCGUGCUUCUAUGUGCUGAUUUUUUCUUGUGCACUUGAGUGACUGUUGAGUUUCAAUAUAUUGCUUGGUAUACACAUC